AUGACUGGGUUGCCUCAAUGUGCUGAGUCUAUUAGUAGGCUAGCCAACCAAACAGGUUCUUUAAGGGAAUAUGAAGAUCUCCACAUUGUUCUUCGAAAUUUGUCAAGAGCUGAUCUUGAAGUUGCAGUUACUCAGUACAAAUUACUGGAUAUAUUCAGUCACAUGGACCUGAGCGACGGUAACUUCUCCGAAGCUGCUUUAAACAUUGCAAUGGUAAUUUUUUCAACAUUCCGUCUAAUUGAGUUUGCAAACUCUCAUGAGACAGAAUUGCUCAAAUGUAUUACGUCUAAAAAUCUACCACUUAGAGAUUUUGUAAUAUCAAGAUUGACUGACGGCGUUAAAAACUCAUCUCCGGAAGAUAUAAAUAUACCAGAAACUAUUUUACUGGAGAUUAGCAAAAUUGCAAUAAUAGAAGAAAUCACAACAGCAUCAUCUGCUCGUUCAUUCCUCAUGGCUUUCGGGAUAUGCCAUCCAGAUGGAGUUAAAAUUCUUCUUAAUAAUGAGUCAAUACUAGCUUUCUUUGCAUCGAUCAGUUCGGAUGAGGAUGUCGUUCGCUUGACGGAAAUUUUCGCACAUAUAGCAUCAAAACGGCAGGAUACUUUCAAGGAAAUGACCGAACAAAGGGUCUUUGAUCGGUUGAUUACAAUUUCAAGGACAAACGACCCUCUUUUGCAGCUAAACGUCACUGCUGUGCUUAAAUUACUUCUCGUUUGCCCAAGCGGUCGAGCUUUUCUGCAGCUAAGGUACCUUUAUUUCUUCUCUUCUCUUGCCGAAGAAGAACCAGUUGCUUUUCUUGGCAAUCCUGAUUACCGUCAACCCCUUGCCAUUUGCCUAUCGAAAUAUCUAUCUUCAUCUGAUCCUAUUAUUACAACCUGUGCUAUUGAAGCAAUCGGUCAAAUGUGCAUUACCAUUAAUGGGAAGAGGGAACUCGCUGAAUAUCUAAAAUUUGGUGGUUGCUUGUCUCCGCUAUUUACUAAAGCUGGUGCAGUUAUGAUGAACGCGUCUUCACAUUCCCUUCCAAGGAUUUUGGUAGCUCUGUCGGACAUAAUAAAUCUGCCAGUUGCCCAAGAUAAUCUAACCGACUUGAUACCCAUUUGUGAAUUGACUCAGGAAUGGUUCGGUCAGCUAUGUGCUCCUGGCCCCCAAAUCAAGUCUUUGAGUCGCAUUUGGGAUUUAGCUAAGCAACCGUUCAAGGAAGUGAGGUCUGCGUCGCUCAAACUCCUACGUUCAAUAGCUACAGAGCCAUGGGGAAUAACAAUGUUCGCUGAAUUACCUGGCUUUAUGGAAUAUCUUCUCAACCCAACUACUGAGACUGGUACGGCUAUGGACGGGCACAGUCUGCAACCAGAGAAGUUUAGAAUUAUUGAGCAGUGCGAACGAACGCAAGAACUAUGGAAGGGUGUUGCGCCAGCAUGGCCCUUGUUCGACGACUUAAUGACCGCCAGGGUGAAGAAAGGCAUUGAAGAGGGAGUUUGGGGAAUGAGAAAGGCCGAAGCAGCUGUCGCUAUGGACAACGAAUAA